AUGGCCAUUCUUAUCCCUUCAGAUGUCACAUGCAACAUGCUCAAGGAGGCAGGGUUCAAUCUUCAGGGUGAGCUGCAAGGGAAGACUCAGGACCUCCCAGCUGUCUCCGAGCUGAAGUCCUGGAAGAAGCGCGGGCAGAGGAGGAACAUGUGGACCGUCAAUCAUGUUGAGGGAACGAAACUCAGGAUGAACAAGAGAAGAUCCAGUUAUCGUCCAGAAGACCAGGAGGCCUUCUACCAGCUGCUGGAGGACCCUGUUAUCCAGAGCUUCUUGGAAGCUGAUAUUUUCCUGAAAGUGUCUGACAAGUACCUGCUCUCCAUGGUGGUGGAGUACUUCGGGCGUGUCGGGCUGCCUGGUCACCUCUACAACAGGAUCCACUUCUUCCUGGCCCUCUACAUCGCCUCCGACAUGGAGGAGGACAACCCCACGUCCAAGCGGAGCAUCUACCAGUUCCUGCUGGGCAGGGAGCACUGGCCAGACCUCUACAAGGAGUUCCUCAAGCUGAAGGUGGAAUUCUUCCAUGCGAUGGGGCACCGAGCCUGGGUCACCCCGGAUUUGUGUGAGGAGAUCCAGGCCCAGAACCCACAUCACUGGGUCUGGAGUCGAGCGCGCCAGUGCGCCCCCUAG